AAAUUUAAACAAUGGCAAAGGCAACAUCAUCGACCAUAGAGAAAAAGUUUUUGACUCUGAAGUCGUCAGAUGGUGAUGAGUUUGAGUUGGAAGAAUCCAUUGCCAUUCAGUCUGUAACAAUCAAGAACAUGGUCGAAGAUGGAUGCUCCUCUAGUGUCAUCCCGCUGAGCAACGUCGACACAGAAACCCUGAUCAAGAUCAUCGAUUACCUAAAGAUGCACUCCUUGACUUCUUCAAAUGAAGAAGAAAUCGAGAACUUCAACAGGGAAUUUGUGAGCAUUGGCUUCAAAACCAUCUUUAAAAUCUUAGAAGCUGCAAAUUUCCUUGACAUCAAUAGUUUGCUUGAGUUGUGCGCUGAGGCGGUGGCUAAUAGGAUUAAGAACAAGACGCCUGAAGCUGUUCGGAAGAUUUUCAAUAUCACUAAUGACUUUACCCCAGAGGAAGAGGCAGAGAUUCGAAAUGAGACUCCAUGGGCCUUUGAAGGGGAUCUUGAUCAAUCCCUUGACUAGUUUACAUUUGUGUCUUUACUGUUUCUCGCUUUGUGAGCUUCUAAUUUUGUUUGCGCCUCUUCUCUUUUAACAGAGAUCUUGUGGCUAAUAAGUUAUGGCAUGAGUUAGAGUG